CCAUGACCAUGACCCCCCCGACCGCAGCCCCCGUGCCCCGAAGAUCUACACGAAGACAGGAGAUGCAGGAUUCUCCAGCACCUUCACCGGGGAGCGACGGCCCAAGGAUGACAGGAUCUUUGCAGCCCUGGGAGCCACGGACGAGCUGAGCUCAGCCAUAGGACUUGCUGGGGAGUUCAGCAGUGAAAAGGGUCACACCUUUGUGGAGCAACUUCACAAGGUACAGUGCAUGCUGCAGGAUGUGGGCUCCAACCUCGCCACGCCGCUCUCCUCAGCCAGGGAGGCUCACCUCAAACGAACCUCCUUCAGUGAGAAGCCUGUGCUGGAGCUGGAGCAGUGGAUUGACAGCUACUCUGAGCAGCUCCCUCCCCUCAGAACCUUCAUCCUGCCUUCAGGAGGCAGAAGCAGUGCUGCUCUGCACUUCUCCCGAGCCGUGUGCCGCAGGGCCGAGAGGUGCGUGGUUCCUUUAGUCCAAGCAGGAGAAGCAGAUCCAAAUGUGGCCAAGUAUUUAAACAGGCUCAGUGACUAUCUCUUUGUCUUGGCACGUUAUGCUGCAAUGAAGGAAGGGAAGGAAGAGAAAAUAUACAUAAAACCUGAGCCAUAA